ACAAUCAAGAUUGGUAUCAGUUCUAGAUCCAAAGGCUGAUAAUACAAUAGAAUAUCUGAAUAGAUUAACAUCACUGACUCUGGAAUCAGGAAUGAGAGCCUCACGAAUGAUGGAAGUUUAA